AGCGCUGCAAUCAGGCGACAGAGAUUGGGAAGGACCGAGAGGGUGCAAAGCAAAUUCGAGAUCUUCCGAUCAAUUGCGUCAUACAUUGCAGCCGCUUGAUCUUUCUUUUCCUCCCACCCCGCAUCCAGCCGUUUGCGCCGUCCGCGAAAUGUUGACCCCGCCGCGACGCGACCCGGCGCGCUCCUCGGUCAAGGAUAUAAGAAAGCGAGCUGGCCACGGCACCUACCUCAUCACACAUCUCCCCCUCACACCAUGGCUGCCUCCGGUUCCUCCUCGCUCACGAUGUCCCCUCACCUGGCGGAUCUGCAGCCUGUCCGUGUCAAGUCGCACGAUGACGCCCCCGGCGCCCCUGACCUCAGCUUCCCGUUUGACACGACCGACACCGCAGAGGCCGGUGUGACGAACGAGUACCGCGCCGCGACAAAGAGCGGUCUGAUGUCUGCAAUGGAGGCUCUGCGGCCCAUACCCGCACACACGGCCGUACAGCCCCACGCUCUCUCUGACCCCGAAAAGGCGAAGGCGCUUGAAAAAUACGAGUUUGUGACUUGGAAAGUGAACGACCUGAGGGACCCCCGAAAUUGGUCUACCCUGUGGCGGUGGUAUAUCACCGGUGUUGUUACAAUCGCCGUCGUCUCCGUUGCCUUUGGUAGUGCCGUCAUCACGGGCGACUUCAAGGACAUCCAGUCUGAGCUGCACAUUGGCGAAGUCGUCGCUGCCCUAUCAGUCUCUCUAAUGGUCGUCGGAUUUGGUCUUGGUCCUCUCGCAUGGUCGCCGCUGAGUGAACUGUACGGGCGGAGACCUCUCUGGUUGAUACCUUCCGUCUUCUACGUCGUCUUCAACAUCCCAUGUGCCCUAGCGACAAACAUUCAGACGCUGCUCAUCUGCCGAUUUUUGUGCGGCUUUUUCGCAUCUGCACCGCUCACUCUCGCCGGUGGCACAAUUUCUGACAUCUGGGACAACAACGAGCGUGGGCUGGCCAUCGCAUUCUUCGCUGCUGCACCGUAUGGCGGACCUGUCCUUGGGCCCAUUGUCGGUGGAUUCGUCGGUCAGAGCAUUGGAUGGCGUUGGAUCAUGUGGGUCAACAUGAUCUUUGCUGGUGUCGUUCUGCUCUUCUGUGCCACUAUUCCGGAAACUUUCGCGCCUGUGUUGUUGCGCAAACGUGCUGCCGCCUACCGUGCUCAGACUGGUCGGGACGACAUCGUCACUGAGCAGGAGUUGUUCAAGAAAUCGUUCGCCCAUAUGCUUAUCGACACUCUCAUUCGACCUUUCCAAAUGAUCGUCACAGAGCCCAUUCUGCUGUUGAUGUCGCUGUACAUUGCUCUCAUCUACGGCCUUCUCUACGCGUUCUUCUUCAGUUUCCCUGUCGUCUUCGGCGAAGGUUAUUCGUUCAGUGAUGGCCUCGUCGGACUCACGUUCUGCUCCGUAUUGAUUGGAGUUGCAUUGGCUCUAAUUGCGACGACCCAGCUGGAGAAGAACUAUCUCCAGCGUGCUAUGGCGAAGGGCGGUCGUGCUGAUCCCGAGGAUCCUCUCUUCAUUUUCGGAUGGACGAGUCCCCCAUAUGUGAUGCCGGGUGGUGGGAACUGGGUCGGUCCUGCCAGUGCUGGCAUCCCCUUCGGAUUUGGCAUGGUCGUGAUCUACUCGUCUGCCAAUGCAUACCUCAUCGAUGCGUUCCCCGGCUAUGUGGCCUCCGCUCUGGCUGCCAAGACGGUCAUUCGUUCUGGUGCUGGUGCGGCCAUGCCUCUGUUCAUGGUGCAAAUGUUCCACGGCCUGGGCAACGGAUGGGCCGCGUCACUGCUUGCCUUUGUCUCGCUCGCCAUGGUCCCUAUCCCAUUCUUGUUUUACAAGUUUGGCCGCUCGAUUCGGGCACGCUCUCGGCGUGCGGCUUAAUAUCCCUGUCUCUGUUAUUUAAAAGGUAUUGUAGCUUCCACUCGCGCUAGAGCACAGCGAGCUAUAUAAUUUCUUGACCUAUGUAGUCGUAUAUCUGGCGUUUAUAAUAGGGAUAAUAAUCGUAUACCGCGUCUGAACCUGGAGUAUUUCGGACCUAUCGUGCCCCUUCGCCAUCGCAUCGCACUUCUUGGUCACAGCCGUGACACAUAGAUUUCCCCACUGGCUAUGUCGCCUUCUUCAGUUGCUUCUGCUUUCAGCCCAUUAUGACUUGUUCUCGCGCCCUAUUCCGGGCCUUUCUCCGUGACAUUCGUGGUUGUUCUCAUUGGUGCAGGGAUUAUUUGUUUCUACCACAUCAUACUCCUGGACCUCAACUGACCGCUCCUUGUGCUCCCGUGUGCAUUUUGAUCACUCUCAACCUCGUGCUGCCCUACUUCUACGUGGUGACCGUUUCGCCGGGGUUCGUGGACGACCCGCCCCCAAGACUCUCCACACGGGAUAUUUUGGGCGUCGAAGAGGCAACCCUCAAUCCGCUGGUCCGCUGACCUCAAUGUCACGGCGGCAACAACGGCUAAAUGUCGGAAGUGUAGUCAGGUCAGACCCGAGAGAGCACACCAUUGCCAGAUAUGUAAUCGUUCUGUUCUCAAGUAUGACCAUCAUUUUCCAGCGUGUCCUUCCUAGUAUAUCCCGUUUGGUGUGCGUACCGAUGCGGUGAAUCAGUGGACAAAGCAAUGCGUCGGCCUACACAAUGAGCGCCAUUUCGUGAUGUUCAUGGCAUACCUCAUCAUCCCCUGUGCGGCGAUCAGCAUUACUGGCCUCCCACAUGUCAUGCUCGCGCUCGGAGUCUCAGCAUCCUACACCUAUUAGGUCGAUUGGCUGUACCUUGUGCCGCAGGUCAUGUUCAUCCUCGAGUACAUCCUCGCAUCGGUGAUGUGUCUUGUGGUCGGAAUCAUGUGCAGCUAUCAUCUCUGGACCGUCGCGCCUGGAGAGACGACUGUCGAGGCCCCGGAUCAUGAAGUAUACCGCAAGGUCACCUAACCGCGAGAUGAGACCUUCGUCAACUUUUACGACCUCGGCAAGCGUCGGAACCUCCAGGUCUUCUUCGAUGUCGGAGAGAAUGGAUACCCUACUAUACGCUGUUCAUACCUUUCCGAAUCAUGCAUGCCCUACACCGAUGGCCGUUCCUGGGCCCCCAGAGAAGGAUACAACGGUCACCAUGGUGUGCGGCGCGGGGAGGAGCUGACGGACGAUGAGGGUGAACGUCUAGCAUAAGAUCUCAGCCUGUAUAUCAUUCGGAACGCGACCAUGUUCGGUACUCUUAACCCCGUCUGCGCAACCCCGCCAUCCUCUUUUGCAAUAUGCGAAUUAGAUGAUCACGGGGUGUGCGGAUCUUCGUCACCGUUGUUGCCGUCUCAAUCCCCCUUGUUAUCCUCAUCCCUCGAGCUUAACUUUGGUGCAACACUCUCUGCGUGGGAGAAGCAGCUUCUACCGGGCAGCUCCCCGAAAUCAGGCAUCAAAGCUUCUCACACUUAUCCUUCAACUACGCCCUGUGGUGAGCUCGAGAAGGGGCCUCGACUAAGUAGUCUUUCGAACUCGGUGGCCGGGAACCACGCGUUCGCUGACUCGCACUCUCUCCUCAUAUUCAUCUUUGUCUCCGAAUGCUUCCAGCCCAUCGCGUCGACGCAUCCAUUCGCCGCAUUCAUUGUCGUGCUUUGCACUACGGAACUCCCAGAUAUCAACCUUGACGCCGAAUGGAGCCAGCCUCCUGACCCCAGAAGGACCAAAUUUGGAACUCUGUUCUGCAACUUCAUCACUAUCGUUGCAUGAGGGUGUGCUUGGGGAGCACACCACAAAUCCGAACUAGCAUGAGGAUGCUUUCGCAGUCAGUGACUCAUCCAGAUAUAAGUAGAAUGUAUCUGUCUACACAUCAAAAAUUCCCCGACGGGGAGUCGAACCCCGGGCAAGUGCGCUAAUCAGACACAA